GCAUUUGUAGUUUGUAUUUCCUUUUCAAGACUGAAGUUAAUAUAAACGGAUGCAGUUUUUUCCCUCUCCCUUUAGAAUGGGAUGUGUGCUGGAGUAACAAAGAGUAAUUGUUAUGCAGCGUGAGGGUCUUGAUUUCCAACAAGGAGUGGUCUGAAGAGGAGCAGACUGACCAGAAUAUACUAUAAAAGCAUUGAUCGCUGGAAUUCUGAAGGCUGGAGACGGAGCAGAGAACACGCAGACUUCAUCAUGAACUUCCAGGGCAUAUUUUAUCAUCUCUGCUUCUUUCACACUGCUCUGAGCCUGCAGCAUGUGAGGUGGUGCACUAUCUCUGAGCAAGAACAGGCCAAGUGUAAUGACAUGAGCGCAGCCUUCACUGAUGCCAACAUCCUUCCCAAUGUAUUGUGUGUUAGAGGCGGCUCAGCCAUUAACUGCACCCAUAUGAUCAAGAACAAUUUGGCAGAUGCGGUGACAUUGGAUGGUGGCACCAUUUAUCAAGCUGGAAAGGAACAUAAUCUGAAACCUGUGGUUGGAGAAGUAUAUGAUCAAGAAAUUGGCACUUCAUACUAUGCAGUGGCUGUUGUCAGAAAAAAUUCCUUCAUUAGCAUCAACAGUUUGAAGGGCGUAAAGUCAUGCCACACAGGCAUCAACAGAACAGUUGGCUGGAAUGUUCCUGUUGGCUACCUCAUUGAUAGUGGUCGCAUGUCAGUGAUGGGAUGCAAUGUUCCAAAAGCUGUUAGUGAAUAUUUCAGUGCAAGCUGUGUUCCUGGAGCCAAUAAUGUAAAUUACCCCAAAUCCCUCUGUCAGCUCUGUAAAGGGGACGCAUCUGGGCAGGACAAAUGUGAAAGAAAUUCAAAAGAGCAGUAUUAUGACUACAGCGGGGCUUUCAGGUGUUUGGCUGAAGGAGCUGGAGAUGUCGCCUUUGUGAAGCACAGCACAGUGUCUGAAAACACAGAUGGCCAGACUCCUUCCUCAUGGGCCCAAGAGCUUCACUCCAGGGACUUCCAGCUUCUCUGCCGCGAUGGCAGCACAGCUGAGGUUACAGACUGGAGGAAAUGCCACCUGGCCCGAGUCCCAGCUCACGCUGUUGUCGUCAGACCUGACACCGAUGGGUCACUCAUCUUCCAGAUGCUUAAGCAGGGGCAGCAAAGAUUUCAGAUGUUUGACUCUGCGGCUUACAAUGCAAAGAAUCUUCUCUUCAAAGACACCACCACAGAAUUGGUUCCAAUCACAAAUCAGAACUACCAGGCUUGGCUGGGUGACGAAUAUAUGCAUGCCAUGCAAGGCUUGAGCUGCGAUCCCACCAGGUUACCAGAAAGCCUGCGAUGGUGCGUUGUGCUCACUGAGGAGAUCUGGAAAUGUAGUGAAAUGGCUGUUGCCUUUAAAAAAAAGAACUUGAAACCAGAGAUCCAGUGUGUUUCAGCCAAGACAACAGAACAGUGUAUGGAAAUGAUCCAGAAAAAAGAAAGUGAUGCUGUAAGCGUGGAUGGAGUUGAUAUUUACAUAGCUGGAAACAUGUAUGGCCUAGUGCCAGCUGCUGGGGAAAGUUACUCUGCUGAUGACAACAGCAACAUGUACUAUGCUGUGGCAUUAGUGAAACGGAACAAUUCCAAUGCUUUCACCAUCAAUGAUCUGAAAGGGAAAAAGUCCUGCCACACAGGAUAUGGGAGAAUGGCUGGAUGGAACAUCCCUAUUGGUGUUCUAAUUAAAAGGGGCUUUAUUAGGCCCAUGGACUGCAAUAUUCCUCAAGCUGUGAGUGACUUUUUCUCCGCUAGCUGUGUGCCUGCAGCCAAGAUGGACAAUUACCCAUCAAAACUCUGUGAGCUUUGCAUUGGCGAUAAUAGUGGAAACAAUAAAUGCUAUGCAAGUACCCAGGAACGUUAUUAUAGCUACAGUGGAGCCUUCAGGUGUCUGAUGGAGGAUUCUGGUGAUGUGGCCUUUGUCAAGCACUCAACAGUUUUUGAGAACACUGAUGGUAACAAUGCUGAUUCCUGGGCUCUUCACCUGCAGUCCAGUGACUUCCAGUUACUGUGUCCAAAUGGAGCCCGUGCUGAAAUCACUCAGUUUGCUCAGUGUCACUUGGCUCAGGUGCCUGCCCAGGUUGUCAUGGUCCACCCAGACACCAACAUUUUUGCUGUAUAUGGACUACUGGACAAAGCUCAGGAUUUCUUUGGAAAUGACAGCAAUGGAAAUGGAUUCAAAAUGUUUGAUUCCUCAGAUUUCCUAGGAACAGAUUUGAUCUUUAAAGAUUCCACCGUUAAGAUUGUACCAGUAGGAGAGAAAAGAACCUAUGCAGAAUGGCUGGGGAGUGAAUACAUAGAUUCUCUUGAAGGGAUGCAAUCACCACAGUGCUCUGGGGCAGCUGCAAUAUCCAUGAACAUCAUUGUGCUGCCGGCGGCUAGUGGCCUUCUGAUUAGAUUCUACUCGUGAUCAUUAGGCCGUUCCUUGGAUUAACAGAUAUUCAGCAUAAUAAACUGAAAUACUGGUAAAUAAUAAUACAAAUAAACUGAAAUAAAACUUAGAAAAUGAAUGAGAGACGCAUGUGGAGAGCAGCAGAAUUAUCCAGGCUAUUCCCUGAUGCUCUAUAUAUCCAUAAAGGUAAUGGGAGAUCUGGGAGGGUGGGAAAGGGAUGCAGUUUACAGCCUCAUCCUUGCCGCCUUCCCUUUGCUUCCCUGCCUCUCUUACCCUGUUUUACGGAUGCUGUUCCUAGCCAUGGCACUUCAAUGCCAAAGGAAAUAGGCUCCAAAUACAGUCCUGCUGUUGCAUGUCCCAAAAAUAAACUCUGAGGUGUCUGAUACUCACAACUAUGGAUAAUUUUUGGUUACGUUUUUUUUUUUAAAAGGUGCCCUCGGAACUUAAUCCAAACUUUUUCAAGUUGUACAGUCAACAUUUCCUGAUAGAAGAGAUUAAAGGCCUAUCCCAGUGGCCUGGUAGCACUCUCCCAUUUGUCCUUCUCAUUGUCACAGGGGAGUCCCUGAAGUGGGCAUAAUUUCUGUCUAUGACAUUGAAUCACACACACCGUUUUUGUAUUGUUCUCUGAAGAACUAAAUUUCAGUUGAAAUACUUACCGAAUAGGAGCUUUAUGGAUAAGCAUCUUCCUUUGUAAGGUUUCCUCUUCUCUUCUCACCAUCCCAUUACUUACUUACUUACUUCUUGUAAUGUAGUUCAGGAUAAAUUCAGCUUACCUACUUCUCAUUUGGGGAAUGUGAAGUUUCGGUUAGAUUAGUGUAACCCUUCUGCCCCUCUGAGUUGGCAGCAACAAGG